GUCCAGUUGUAGUAGUAGUACACAACCUGCAUCGGCUCUUGGGAAGCAUUGGACGGAGGUGCCAAAGAAAUGAGGGGUGGGGCAGGGGGUCGAGGAGGAAGAGGAACAGCAGAGGCUCGAUGAACCAGUUCGCUCCGCAAGGAAGAGAGGGGCAUUGAUCGUGUUUGCCCAAGAUUUGCGGACAAGUGUUUUGGCGUCGUCGUGAUGAGGUCGAAGUUGAGAAGGAGGUGCGCCAGCCGUAACCUAUAAAGAGUUGAUGUCCGUCCAGAAGCAAACAUUUCUUACCUUGUCUUUCAGCAGCCAUUGCAGGUGUUUUACAGGAGGCAUCGCAGUUGAACAUCAAUUGAGCAACCACAUCCCCUUCAGGCUCAAAGCUCUGCCGGUCGAAGCCAUUGAAAAGCAACCUGCCAUCCUCCUCGACACCUUCAGUCUACCUCUGACUUGACUACCUUCAACCUUCGAGUCCAUCCAUCAAUAUCCUCAGUCACAAUGGGCAAAGUACUUCUCGUCCUCUAUGAUGGCCAUGAGCACGCCAGAGACCAACCUCGUCUGCUCGGUACCACGGAGAACGAGCUAGGAAUCCGGAAAUGGCUCGAAGAGAGGGGUCACACCUUGGUCACCACCUCCGACAAGGAGGGUGAGAACUCCACGUUUGACAAGGAAUUGGUUGAUGCCGAAGUCAUCAUCACCACUCCUUUCCACCCCGGCUACCUCACCGCUGAGCGGUUGGCAAAGGCGAAGAACCUGAAGAUUGCCGUCACCGCCGGUAUCGGUUCGGAUCACGUCGACUUGAACGCCGCCAACACCACCAAUGGCGGUAUCACCGUCGCCGAAGUCACUGGCAGCAACGUCGUCUCCGUUGCAGAGCACGUCGUUAUGACCAUCCUGACUUUGGUUCGCAACUUCGUUCCCGCCCACGAGCAAAUCGAGAGGGGAGAGUGGAACGUUGCUGCUGUGGCCAAGAACGAAUUCGACCUGGAAGGCAAGGUUGUCGGUACUGUUGCUGUUGGGCGAAUUGGUGAGCGUGUGCUGCGCCGCCUGAAGCCCUUCGACUGCAAGGAGCUGUUGUACUUUGACUACCAGCCCCUGAAGCCAGAGGUUGAGAAGGAAAUUGGCUGCAGACGUGUGGAUGAUCUCGAGGAGAUGUUGGCGCAGUGCGAUGUUGUCACCAUCAACUGCCCGCUCCACGAGAAGACCCGCGGAUUGUUCAACAAGGAGUUGAUCUCCAAGAUGAAGAAGGGUGCUUGGCUCGUUAACACCGCCCGUGGCGCCAUCGUCGUCAAGGAAGAUGUCGCCGAGGCCCUCAAGUCAGGCCAACUUAACGGCUACGGUGGUGAUGUCUGGUUCCCUCAACCAGCACCAAAGGACCACCCGCUCAGAUAUGCCAAGAACCCAUGGGGAGGCGGUAACGCCAUGGUCCCCCAUAUGUCCGGUACCUCAAUCGAUGCCCAGGAGCGUUACGCCGCUGGCGUGAAGUCCAUUCUGGACAGCUACUUCUCGGGCCGUCACGAUUACAGACCUGAGGAUUUGAUCUGCUACAAGGGUGACUAUGCCACCAAGUCUUAUGGCCAGCGCACCAAGAAAUAGAUGCACGUGGAAGAUGUUGGACAAAGUGAACCAAAAAUCCAUGUGUUGAUGAGAUAUGCAUGACAAGGAUUUGAUGAUGUCUGCAAAUAUAUAAAAAUUGAAUAUUCCGAGCUUGGUUCGGACAAGCACAUA